UCUCUGGGGCCGCCUGUGCGGGAAUGCGGAAGCGCUGAGGGCCGCCCAGAGGCGGCUGGAUGGCGGACGCUGCGGAGAGCGGUGCCGGGGGCUCCGAGCAUCUCUUCAAGGUGCUGGUGAUCGGGGAGCUCGGCGUCGGCAAGACCAGCAUCAUCAAGCGGUACGUUCACCGGCUCUUCUCCCACAACUACCGCGCCACCAUCGGGGUGGACUUCGCCCUGAAGGUGCUGAACUGGGAUACCAGCACCUUGAUCCGGCUGCAGCUCUGGGACAUCGCAGGUCAAGAACGGUUUGGCAACAUGACGAGAGUGUAUUAUAAAGAAGCUGUUGGAGCUUUUGUAGUCUUCGAUGUAUCCAGACGCUCAACGUUUGACGCAGUUCUGAAGUGGAAGAGUGACUUGGACAGUAAAGUGAAGUUGCCCAAUGGGAAGCCAAUCCCUGCUGUGCUCUUGGCAAACAAAUGUGAUCAACAAUGGGAUGGUUUGGACAAUAGCCCAGCGACGAUGGAUCGCUACUGCAAGGACAAUGGUUUCAUAGCGUGGUAUGAAACCUCAGCGAAGGAGAACAUAAACAUUGAUGAAGCAACACGGUUUCUGGUGAAGAAUAUUCUGGACAGUGACUUCAUCUAUCUAACUGAGAAUACUGAUGCAGAUAAUAUAAAACUAACAGAUGAAUCUGAAGAGGUUGAUAAAAAGGCACAAUGCUGCUAACAUUUUGCCCCUCUCCCAUUAACACUUCUUUUUAUAAGCUUUGGAGACCACAGUCCCUGGAUGAUCUUUUCUAUGUCCAAAAGGAUGACUGCUCGAUGAGAUUAAUAUACCUUCAGCUAAUCAUUAUUUAAACAGAAGUGUUCCUCUUCGUUUUAAUUAGGAAUGGAAUGGAGAGAAAAAUACUUUGUCUUUUUCAUGUCAUGGUUUCUGUAACCUUUUUGAAAUAACAUUAUAACAGUUGUUUAGUCUGUUUAAUUUUUAUAGACUAUCUCACUUUGUCUUAGUGUUUUCUUACACUGCUCUAUAACAGCAAGAAUUGUGUUACAUCUAUUAA